AUGGGACAGGGGGGGCAACCGGUGGCUGUGCAGCCGCUGGAGCCCCAGAUGCUAAACCCCGGGCCCGAGAGGCGUGCGUGGCCGGGGAGCCAUGGGGAGGGCGUGCGGGGGCCGUGCCCAACGUUCCCCUCCGCCGUGCCCGGUGAACAUGGGGAGUGCCCGUCGGCGGUGGCCGCGUCGCAUGCCCAGACACGUGCGAUCCCUUCCUGCCUCGCUGCAAGCAGACAUCCCUGCUUGGGGACACAGGAGCAGCUGUCCCCAGCGCUUUCCCAUGCGGGCAAGGGGGCUGCGGGCACAGUCCAGCCCCUUCCACCCUGGGGUCUAUUUUGGAUCAUCUUUGGGGUCUUGCAAAGCCCCGCCGUUGUGUGCAGGGAUGAGGUGUGGGCGCCAGUUUGUGUGCUGGUGGUAACAUCAUCUUCCCUUUUUUUUUUUUUUCUUCUUUUUUCUUUUCUUUCUUUGCACACUGCUCUCAGUGCUUUUUUCCAAGAAACAAACAUCCCCUACAGCCACCACCAUCAGAUGAUGUGCACUCCCGCCAACACGCCGGCCACGCCGCCCAACUUCCCUGACGCCCUCACCAUGUUCUCCCGCCUCAAGGCCUCCGAGAGCUUCAACAGCAGCAGCCCCGUGGCCUCCAUGGCAACUUCGCCGCCGCCCCCGGCCCCGCCGCUGCCCCAGCAUGGGGCCUUCAACCCCGCCUGGCCCACGGCUUCGCCCCCCGGCCAGCAGCAGAGCAUGUGGACUCCGGCCCCCCCGGCGCAGCCCGCCGGCUGGCCAGCCGCCGUCUCCCAGCAAGCCACAGCAGAACAGAAGGCCAACGUGACCAUGGAGGCAGAGAGAUGAGGCCGCGGUGGAGAGCAAACGCAGCGGGGACCCCUGCGUAUAAAUAUAUAUAUAUAUUUUCCCCCCUCCCCCCCCCUCCCCACAGAGGAGAGGAACUCUGCUGCCAGGGCCUCUGGCAGCCGCCGAGACACACGAGCAAAUAGCUGCCUUGCAUGGGUUUGGUUUGAAGUAGUUUUUACUUGUCCUCGAGCUGAACGGAGCUCCCCAGGGACAGCGGGAGGCUGCGUGGGACGUGGGACUGGUGCUGGCCUCCGCCUGGGACCCCCGCCGCUGCCGGGCUCCUCGGGAGGGAGGGAGGGAGCACCCCCUCCUCCUCUCUUGGGACACUGGAGUUUGCAUGCGAGUGACAUUUACGGAGGAGGUCCCUUCUUCACGGUCCCCCUGGGCCGCCCCACCAGGCAGAGUGGGUUGUAUCGGAGUGUUUGCCCCCUUCCCUCAGCCCCUCUCCACCGGGUGGGGGGCAGACACCCCAAGCACCUUGUUUUUUGUAAGGGGGGGGAGAUGGGGGGUGGGGGGGAAGAGAACAAGGACUGUUCCUGCUCGGCCGCAGCCUCCACCACGCAUGCGUCGUGCUCGCUGGUGAGCAGGGCUGGGGGACACCGGGGGGAGGCACCCGGCCCCUCGCCCGACCCCAGCGAGCUAUGGGGAGCAGGGGGUGGCCCAGCUGGGCCAGCACACACCCUCCCCUGCCCUCCUUGGGAUGGGGUUUGCCCCCGGGGGCUGUUUGCAUGACACAGUGUAACCCUAGAGACUGGGAUCGUUUUUAACCCCUCUGUUCUUUUUCUCCCGGCGGCUGGAAGUCUCUCUGGAUGCGCCGCAGCCGCUUGCAAUACACGCUCUUCUGCUUUGAA